AUGGCUGCUCUUCUUCUCCUCUUUCUUUUCCUCUUUGCAAGCUCUGCUCUCUCUCAAGAUUCAAUCGGUGUGAAUAUUGGCACAGGAGUGACGAACAUGCCAAGUCCAACACAAGUAGUAACACUCCUUAAAUCACAGAGCAUAAACCGCGUCCGUCUCUUCGACGCAGACCGCUCAAUGCUCCUAGCGUUCGCUCACACCGGCGUCCAAGUGAUCAUCUCAGUCCCAAACGAGCAGCUUCUCGGCAUCAGCCAAUCAAACGCAACCGCAGCCAACUGGGUCGCAAGAAACGUCGCCGCGUACUACCCCGCCACAAACAUCACCACCAUCGCCGUCGGGUCAGAAGUCCUGACCUCUCUCCCGAACGCAGCUUCCGUCCUCGUCUCCGCCCUCAAAUACAUCCAAGCCGCUCUAGUCACAGCCAACCUCGACCGUCAGAUCAAAGUCUCGACGCCUCACGCUUCCUCCAUCAUUCUCGACUCUUUCCCUCCUUCUCAAGCUUUCUUCAACAAGACUUGGGAUCCAGUCAUCGUUCCUCUCCUCAAGUUCCUCCAGUCCACUGGCUCGCCGUUCUUGCUCAACGUUUACCCUUACUUCGACUACGUUAACUCCAACGGCGUGAUCCCGCUCGACUACGCGCUCUUCCAGCCUCUCCAGGCCAACAAAGAAGCUGUCGACGCCAACACUUUGCUACAUUACACUAACGUCUUCGACGCCCUCGUGGACGCGGCGUACUUCGCAAUGUCUUAUCUCAACUUCACCAACAUUCCGAUCGUGGUCACGGAAUCUGGAUGGCCGUCUAAAGGAGACUCAUCGGAGCACGACGCUACGGUUGAGAACGCAAACACUUACAACAGUAACUUGAUCCAGCACGUGGUCAACAAGACUGGAACGCCGAAACACCCCGGAACCGCGGUGACUACGUACAUCUACGAGCUUUACAAUGAGGAUCUGAGGCCAGGACCGGUCUCUGAGAAAAACUGGGGGUUGUUUCAUACGAACGGGACUCCUGUUUACACUCUGCGUUUGGCGGGUGCUGGUGCGGUUCUUGCUAAUGACACUACGAACCAGACGUUUUGUGUAGCCAAGGAGAGAGUUGAUAGGAAGAUGCUUCAGGCGGCUCUUGAUUGGGCUUGCGGUCCGGGGAAAGUGGAUUGCUCGGCGCUGAUGCAGGGGGAGGCGUGCUAUGAGCCGGACGAUGUGGUUGCGCAUUCUACUUAUGCGUUUAAUGCUUAUUACCAGAAGAUGGGAAAAGCUUCAGGAAGCUGUGAUUUCAAAGGAGUUGCUACAGUCACCACUACUGAUCCAAGUCGAGGAAGGUGCGUCUUCCCUGGAAGUGCGAAAAGCAAUAAGACACUUGGGAACACAACCAAUGCGUUGGCACCAUCAGCAAACUCAACAACCUCUGGCUAUCAUCACCAUCACGCUUCUUUCACUGACUUAACACUCCUCUCCCUUCUACUGAUCAUUGCCUUAGUAUUCUUGUAG